GAACAUGCGUUCUUUAAAAAAUGAAAAUUUUACUUUUUUUAUAAUUUUUUAAAUGCAACAAUAGUUGCAAGUAACAAUAGCCACUAGAGAGACGAUACCUAUAUUUAAACCGAGCCCAACAUUUUUUCACUAAGCAUUUUUUAAUUCUAUUUUGGGAUCUAGGAAUAUCAAAUGAAACUUUUAAAACCUCAAUGGGUUAAUCACAAUGGUUGUGCUAUUUAUUCAAUAGAUAUUCACCCUAAUCUCAAACGCUUUGCUACAGGGGGAUUAGGAAAUGAAUGUGGGAAAAUAGUAAUAUGGAACAUGGAUCCGGUCGUUAACGAGGAUAAAGAAAAAAAUGACGCCAUUCCUAAAAUUUUAUGCCAAAUGGAUAACCAUUUAUCUUGCGUCAAUUGCGUUAGAUGGUCAAAUUCGGGCGAAUAUUUAGCUUCGGGGAGUGACGACAAAUUGAUCAUCAUUUGGAAAAUGGCUUACAAAAAUAUAUCCAAGGAUAUCACUGGGGAAUACUGGAAAUCUCAUUACAUGUUAAGGGCCCAUGUUGGAGAUGUACUGGACGUUUCAUGGUCUCCUCACGAUGCUUAUUUGGCUACCUGUAGUGUCGAUAACACUAUAAUUAUCUGGGACGCGCUCAAAUUUCCAGAUAUCAUUCACGUGAUCAAAGGUCAUACUGGAUUAGUUAAAGGUGCCACUUGGGAUCCUACCGGCAAAUAUCUGGCUACUCAAUCAGAAGACAGAACAUUAAGAAUAUGGCGCACUGCGAACUGGAAACAAGAAGUUCAGAUCACAAAACCUUUCAAAGAAUGUGCCGGCACUACUCACGUGUUGAGAUUGGGAUGGUCUCCCGAUGGUCAUUAUAUUGUUUCUGCUCACGCCAUGAACAAUUCUGGCCCUACCGCGCAAAUCAUCGAAAGAAACGGCUGGAAGGUAAACAUGGAUUUCGUGGGUCAUCGCAAGGCUAUCACCUGUGUCAGAUUUAACCCCAAUAUUCUCAUGAAAAAAAUCAAAAAAGGCACUAAUAAACCUCAACAGUACUCAGUAUGCGCUCUUGGAAGCAAAGAUCGUUCUUUAUCAAUCUGGAUGACCGCUUUGAAAAGACCAUUGGUUGUAAUUCACAGUUUAUUCAUGCAGCCUAUCAUGGAUAUAUCAUGGGGAAGUAACGGUAAAUAUUUGCUGACUUGUUCAUUGGAUGGAACAGUUGCCUAUGUUGAGCUUGAUAGCGAAGAAAUUGGGGUAGCCUUAUCCAAAGAAGAAAAGCUCGUAAUGCAAAAGAAGAUUUAUGGCAGCGAAUACGAUUUACUAAACCCACUCGAAAAAAAUUUCCCCCGACAUAAAAAGGAUAACGCGAAUGUCACUAAGAAACUGUAUAAAGAUUCUUUUCCCCAAAAAUAUGAGAAACCCCUGGAUAGACAAAUUGAAUUACGAUUACCUGGCGGAAAAAGGAGGAUUACACCUAUUUUCAUACCAAAUUUCGAAGAAACACUACUUAUAUCUAAUGGCAUAGCACAAAUAUUCAAUACAUCUGCAGCCAAAAAGAGCAAUAUAAAAGUUGAAAAAAGAGCCUCCCUAACGACUAACCUAGAUAAACAACAAGACCUGUCCUCUCACACAAACAUUUUGGCCAACGUGAAAGAAUCGCGUUGCAUAACUAAAACAGCAACAUUAAAUUCAUCACAUAAACAAGAUCAAUUCAAUUUUAACGUUGAUGCCAUAAAUCAAAAAUUCCAGAAACAAUUAAAUCCAGAACCUAGCAACAGCCCAUACAAAUAUAUCCAUAAUGUUUCAAAUAAAAAUUUGAUUAUUGAAAGUAAUACUCAACAGUUAUCGAUACCUUACCUUCAGAAUUCAUUUACUCUUCAAAUCACAAAUAAAUCGUUAUCACCCAUAACAUUAGAAAUUAAAAAUUGUAAAUUAAACGACGACCAAUAUGUAACCACAAUCUCGGCUUACUACCUAUCUGACCAAAAUUCUCAUGAUAAAGAACUUCAAUUACAAAAGUUGAAAUGGCGGAAUUCUAUAUCUAUAUCCCCAGUCAAUUUGAUAGCGUGCAACGAGGACGUUGUCAUUGCGUCAUUACACAAAUUCCCUGGAAUCGUAUAUUUUUGCCUCAAGUCUGGUCGAAAAUUAUUGCCUCCGUUGAUGCUUUCUUCCCAUAUUUCAUACCUUUUUGCGAAGAACUCUUACGUGCUGGCUAUAACAUCGAAAGCAAAAUUAUAUUUAUGGGAAACAUCAAAUUCUUAUUUCGAUUCUGUCAAAUGCAUAAUCAAUGAUAUCACGGCCACACCCAUACAAACCGAGAUUGAUCAACUUGAUGACAUCGAUAUAACUUCCCAUGGAAAUCCAAUCUUACAUUUUUGCAAUGAUCACACCUACACUUAUGACGAUAAUUUACGGAGUUGGCUAUUGAUUGAUAUGAAGGAUGAUAUCUUGGAAAAAUAUUUUACAAACAUGUAUAUGAACUCGGUAAAAGAUGAUGAUGACCCAAUGAAUUCCCUUUAUUGCCUGAAGAAAUAUCAAAAGUUUGGUCUCAACACUUCAAAUCAAGACAAUUUUAACAUCGCGUCAAUAUUACAAUCUGAUACCUCCGUUGUCAAAAUAUGCUUAAAAGACACCGAGAAUAAGCAUUUAUCGAGGUUUCUGCAAAAUCAAGUUACUACAUCGUAUCAACUCAAGUCGCAAUCUGAAUUUUUAUUUUGGUUCAGAACUAUGGUUAAGCACAUCAUUAAGACAAAUUCGAAAACUGAAUUACACGGACUGAUACUUAGCCUUUCCUCUAAGUCAUUCGGUGAUAAAAAUACUAUCAAUAAAGACCUUUUUCAAAUUAUUUUUGAAAGUAUGGAAUCUUCUUCAGAAUUUAAGCCGUGGAUAGAUAAAUUUAAAAAUAUGAUUGACUAUGAUAUUAGUUAAAAAAAAUAUUUGUAAGUAUAAAAUGAUUCUAUUUAUAUUCUACAUAGCAUUAAUUACAAUUAUACAAUA